AUGUGGAAUGGUUUGCUAUACAAAAAGAAGUCAUUGCCCUCCAUUCAAUUCAUCACUCAACUCUAUACACCAACAUCAUCACACCACCAAUUGUUCAUUUUCAACACUGUCGGCCUUCACGUUGACGCUCUCUACCAACGACCUUUAAUACCUCUUAAUUACCUUCCACCUUGUACCUUCACGACCUUUUCUCCCUCACGCCAAAUUCUUGUCUCUUCCACCUUCCUCCCCUUCCACCAAUUCCUCUUCACAAUGCCUCACAAAGUGAACAACUCAAAUUCCACCCUCGCCAGCCAGAGCAGCGGAGACCAAACCACCGAAGUUCGGAAUCUCACCAAUCCCGUCCGGAAACCCCCGGUCAUCGUGCACAACAAGGGCGGCCAAAUCUACGAUGAAACCCGGCCCUCGGACUGGGACAAGCAACGCUGGAAGUAG